AUGGUGAAGGAUCGUCUAGCUGAAUUUCAGAAUCUCUCAGGAAAGACGAGCUCCACCAAACAAGAUCGUCGCAUUUCUCACGAAACAGCUCGUUUGUUGCGAGAUGAAGAAGAGACCUCGUUGGAGAAUUUUUUGAAUCGUAUGACCGACUUGCGAAAUAUUGUGGGUCAGCUGGAAAUAUGGUUGGACGAAGUUCGAAUGUUGCACGGAGAACUCCUUCUUGCACCCGCUACAGAUGGAGAAAAGUCGCAACAGCUCCGCACCAUCAUGGAAAAUUUCAGAGCAACAUCAUUGGUGGCUCGGGAAAAGAUAAAGAAACUGGAUAGCGAAGUGAACGGCAAACCACGUUCUGAUGAGACCAAGUCCGUAGAUUCUCGUAUCAAGCGAAAUCAGGUUCGCAGCUUAACAAGAGCACUUCACGACAUUAUGUGGAAAUUCAAUGAAGAGGAGGAGAAAUACAAGGAACGCUGCAAAAAGAAAAUCACCGAUUAUCUAAAAAUACAAGAUAUAUCGUUGACGGACGAUGAGAUAAGUGAUGCUAUAGACAAUGGCAACAUCUUCGAGAAGACGAAAGGAAUUCUUCUCGCAUAUAACGAUAAGAAGGCACUUUUCGAAGACGUGAAAAUGCGUCGUGAUGAGUUGUUUGAAAUUGAGAAAGUCAUUCGUGAAUUGGGUGAGAUGUUCGUGGACCUGAACAAUCUCGUAUUAAGCCAGGGUGAGAUGCUUGAUAGAAUCGAAACGAAUAUUGAAGACGCUGUGGAUUACGCAGAAAAGGCUCGAAAAAAUGUGAAAGACGCACGUGAAUUGCUAAAGAAAGCUCGUAAGAGAAAGAUACUUAUCUGCAUACUCGUCGCCGUGCUUGUACUGAUUUUAAUAAUCUUCAUUCAGUCGAUGAUCUGCCAUUUCACUCCGAUAUGUUAA